AUGAGUCUACCGAAGGACAUUUUGUCAGAAUGGGUCCUGUCCAACGUCAAGAAGUAUGAUCGCACGCUUGUUGGAGAACCGGUCAACGGUACAAGAAAAAUCUCCGGUCAACUCUUGUCACCUCCGGAUACUGUGAUGGCAUCCAGCGCGUCAUCCUCCUCUGCCCAAGUUGCACAACCACAUCCUGACCUCGAGGUACCACUUCAUCUGUACUCCAUGCAGGCGUUCGAAUUUCUAGGAUUCACGUCAAGCGCCGCAGAGUCGCUCCUCGCUACCUGGACCCGUGACGACGAAGCCGACCUCGAAGACGCCAUAAUCGCUCGCAUUGUGAACUUCGGCGGUCAUGAUUCUGAUGACGAGCGGACCAGUAUGAGUAAGAUCGGAAUUUCCGCGGAGUUGCAAGAGAAGGUCAUGGACCCUGAGUAUGAAGACGUGAGAAGCACCCAGUGGUUGAGUUACUGGAUACUGGAGACUGUCUUCGAAAAUCUUUGGACUCUCAAGAAUUUGAGUGAACGACUCAACCGAAACCUGGCUGUUAUUCAGUCCGGUCAAAGUACCACUUGA